UCUCUCUCUCUCUCUCUCUCUCUCUCUCUCUCUCUCUACAAUCAACCCAUGGAAAACUACUCCUUCACUUCAUACCCUGACUCCGGCGAAUCCUCGCCGCGCUCACGAGAAAUCGAUUUCGAGAAUCCGCCGCCAUGGGACGAUCAGCCUCACCAGAACUACAAAGCGAAGUUCAUGUGUAGCUAUGGCGGCAAGAUCCACCCUCGUCCUCACGACAAUCAGCUGUCUUACAUCGGCGGCGAGACUAAGAUUCUCGCCGUCGAUCGUACCGUCAAGUUCAACUCCUUCAUUUCUAAGCUCUCCGUUCUCUGCGCCGGCGGCGCCGAUUCUGAAGUGUCGUUCAAGUACCAGCUCCCCGGUGAAGACCUCGAUGCUUUGAUUUCUGUCACCAACGACGAUGACCUUGAGCACAUGAUGCACGAGUACGACCGUCUCUACCGUGCUUCUGCUAAGCCCGCGCGAAUGAGGCUUUUUCUGUUUCAGGGUCCGUGUCAGUCGGGUUCCGGACCCGAAACUCCGAAAUCGGACCGUGAACGCUUCGUGGACGCUUUGAAUUCGGGUCCGACUGAGCCUCCGAAGGCUCCGACGCCGAACCACGUCGAUUUUUUGUUCGGUUUGGACAAAGGAGUCCCUCCGCCGCCACAAGUGGCUGUGAAGUUCCAAGAUUCUGUUCCGGAACCCGUGAUCCCGCCGGUUCCUGAAUUUCCCACCCGUGUCGUCGGGUCGGAUCCGGUUAUGAACCCGGUUGAGAUCCAGAGGCAAUUGCAGGAAUUCCAGAGGUUACAAAUCAGUGAACACGAAGCGGCUAUGUACAGAAGAAAAAGCGAUGAAAACCUCGUCGGACCUUACGCCGGAGAUUACUACGUUCACAAGGUACCGGAAAAAGCUCCUCCGGUAACUGGACCUCCAAACGCAGGGUUUUGGCCAGAAAAACAAUUCUCCGGUGGCGGUUUCCAAACGAGUGCACCGGAACAACAGAUGUACAUGAUUCCAACUCCUGGUACAGUCUACCAUGCUGCACCAAUGGUCCGACCGGCAACCGGACCAACCACUCAAGGGUACUACCACAACAUGCAGCGUGUUCCCAACGACGUUUACCGGGAGCAGCCGGUUUAUAAUAUGGUCCCACAACAACAACACUCCCAGCCGCCGCCGCCGCCGCCGCAGCAGCAGCAGCAGCUGCCACAGAUGUCAGCUCCACCACAACCCGUUUUGCCGCCACAGCCGCCGAAAAUGGUGGCUUACACGGAGGGGUUCGGAGUCAUGCGACCGGGUGGCGGUGGUGGAAUGGGGGCCGUGGAAGCGGGUGGAGGCUACGCGCCGAUGGUGACGGCGGCAUACGACGGUGCGGUGGGGAGGCAAGUUUAUUAUACGCCGUAUCAGGGUGUCGGCACGGCGGUUAGUGGUGAUAUGAGGGCAGCUGGGGCGUUGGGUCAAGAGGGUAAUAAGGUAGUUAACAAGGUUUCACAAGCAUCUGUGUGAUCAUGAUAAUAUAGUUUACAAUCAAAAAUUGGAGUAUAUAUAGUUACUAUAAUUUCAAUAUUUAAGUUAAUUCUGUGUUUAUUUGUUUUGGUAUUUAAUAUAUGAUUAUGAUGAUUUGUAUACACUAAUGGAGAUGGGAAUGAGUUUGUCUUUGUGAUUA